AUGAACCGUCCAGCCCCUGUGGAGAUCUCUUAUGAGAACAUGCGUUUUCUGAUAACCCACAACCCUACCAAUGCUACCCUCAACAAAUUCACAGAGGAACUUAAGAAGUAUGGAGUGACAACUUUGGUUCGAGUUUGUGAUGCUACAUAUGAUAAAGCACCAGUUGAAAAAGAAGGAAUCCACGUUCUAGAUUGGCCUUUUGACGAUGGAGCGCCACCCCCUAAUCAGAUAGUUGACGAUUGGCUAAACCUACUAAAAACCAAAUUUCGUGAAGAACCAGGUUGCUGUGUUGCAGUGCAUUGUGUUGCAGGACUGGGAAGGGCACCUGUGCUGGUCGCACUUGCUUUGAUUGAAUGUGGAAUGAAGUACGAAGAUGCAGUUCAGUUUAUAAGACAAAAAAGAAGGGGAGCAUUCAAUUCCAAACAGCUGCUUUACCUGGAGAAAUACCGACCUAAGAUGCGAUUACGCUUCAGAGAUACCAAUGGGCAUUGCUGCGUUCAGUAGAAAGAAAUGUAUACGAAGGCUGACUUGAUCGUGGCAUUUAGAGGGAACUCUUGGUACCUGGAAAUGUGAAUCUGGAAUCUUAACUGUGUCAUCAAAGUAGUGAUGGAUUCAGUACUCCUCAACCACUCCUAAUGAUUGGAAAAAAAACAAACAAAAAAGAAAUCCCUCUAUAACGUGAAUAAAAUGUUUAAGAAAA